AUGCCUUCAGCUAAGAAGAGAGUUGUUGGAAAAAAGAUUCCUGCAAAUGUGCCUAAAGUUCCCAUUGACAACAUUUCUUUUUAUUCUGUGGAAAAAGAUGAAAAAUGGAAAUAUGUGUACCAAAGAAGACUAACUUUGGAAAGAGAGCUUCGUAAGGAUGCUCUUGAAUGCAAGGAAAUGGUGGAUCUUAUUGAGGAUGCUGGUUUGAUGAAGAGUGUUUAUGGUUUUUGUAAUUGUCAUGAGAUGUUGGUGAAGGAAUUCAUUGUGAACAUUUCUAAGGAUUGUGGUAGUAAGAUGAGCAAUGAGUAUAGAAAGGUUUAUGUCAGAGGUAAAUGUGUGGAUUUUUCUCUUAAAGUUAUCAACAAGUUUAGGGGUAGGAGAGAGGAGGAGCAAGUUGAGAUGGAAGUGACUGGUUUGGGAAAAUUUAUCUACAUUAUUGGGACUAAAACUAAGUUUGAUUUUGGGUCAUAUGUGUUUGAGCAAACCAUGAAGCAUGCCAAUUCUUUUGCUAUGAAGAUGCUCAUUGCAUUCCCCUUUCUGAUUUGUGGUGUGACUCUCAAUCAGCACCCUGGUAUUUUGUCCAGCUUUAAUGUUACAAGUAAGAGGGAAUAUCCUUUAUCUUUCCACUAUAGGUUAUUUGCAGGGACACAUGUCCCAGACAUUGUUGUGACAUCUGGUAAGGAUGCUUCCAGCUCAACUUCAGGGGAAGGAAUCAUUGUUGAGCUUAAGGAUACAUGCAAAGCUUUAAAUGAGACCAUUGAGUCUUGUACUGAGAAGAAAAUCAGACUUGAGAGCUGGAUCAAAGCAUUGUCUAAGGAGGAUAUUUAUGGAAACUUGGAUGGUGAUAAGGAAGAGGGAAAUAAGGAUGAAGGAAAUGUUGUUGCAUGUGGUGAUAAAGAUGAGGAAACAUAUGGCAGUGCUGACAUCUGA